AUGGGCUUCGCGAGCAUCUACACCAAGGCGACGUCCGUCAUCUUCGGCAUCUACGCCCUGCAGAUGAUAUUGAUUCCAGCAAACAUGGUGACCGACCACUGGGAUAUGCCGUCGACGCCCGGGAUGGAGUUCUGGAUCCGCGGCCACGGCGUGUCUCUGCUGGUGCUGUGCUACCUGUCGAUGCACGUGCCUACCGCGGUCGCGGCCAAGGCGGCCUUUGUCCUCUCUCUCGGCAUCGCCAUCGUGUACCCGUUCAACGCCAAGUUCGGCUACCUCACGCCGGGGCUGCCCCUCAAGUACCCCAUGCACUACGUGCCCGAGGGCCUCAUGCUAGGCCUCACCGGCGCCGGCCUCGCCGCCGUCAUGGAGUCGCCGGGCGGAGUGAAGACGGCCUGA